AUGGAUUCUGAGGAUAAUGUUCACCGAUUAGAAGGAAGUAUUUCGACUAAAGGUGGUUUAACUAUCAAAAAAAAAGGCUCGGCUCCUAUAUUCAAAGUUCCCCAAUCUUCUCUAUUUGGAUUAGAUAGACUAGCAGCUCAAAAAAGGAAAGAAAGGGAAACGGCAGCAGCCAAUAAAAUAUCAUUUGAUAUUAAUGAAAGUGAGUUCAAUGAAGGUGAAGAACAAAAUGAAAUAGAGACAAUAGAGAGAUGUAGUAUAAAACGAAAAUUUAGAGAACCUCGAGAAGAAACUCCAACUUAUACUGGUGGUAUUAGCAAAGAAGCACGUGAGCGUUUAGUUGAAAGAUUAAAUUCCUCUAAAUCAAAGGGAGUAUAUGCUUCUACAAAAACUAGUAGACGUACUGAAAACUAUGAAAGAAGAAAACAUCGAGAACGAAAUAAGGCUCGAAAUCGGAAUCAAUCGGAACGAGAUGAUAGAAGUUCGAGGGAAUAUUCUGAUAUGAGUGAAAGAGGAAAGUCUCCUAGAUUUAGGGAUGAACCAAGAACCCCUAAUUUCUAUACAAAAGAUACUAUGUCAAAAACUGCAUGGGAUGAAGAUGAUUAUGAGCCAUCAAGGAAAUCUACAUGGGAUUAUCCAACACCAUCUCUACACAGAUAUAAAGGUGGGGAUUGGUCAGAAAGAAGUUAUACAUCUUCCAAAUCCCACAGAGAUGAAAAAGCUUGGUCAGAAAGAAAUUAUACAUCUUCCAAAUCCUAUAGAGAUGAAAAAGGUCACAAAUUUGAAGAUGAUACUCCUAGACCAACUCCUGCACAUAAAUUCAAUGCAUGGGUUAAAGACAGGAAAAAAACAGGUGCCACUCCAAGCACCAAUGAGAAACUAAAAUGGGAUAAUACAGUUGACAGAGAAAAUUGGGAAGAUGAGCAAAGAAGAUUGGAUAGGGAGUGGUAUAACAUGGAUGAAGGGUAUGAUAAUGAAAACAACCCAUUUGCCAAUGUGAGUGAGGAAUACACAAAGAAAAAAGAGGAACAGCUAGAACAACGAAAGAAAAAACGACUUUCUGCUCAACAAAGACAAAUUAAUAAAGACAAUGAACUUUGGGAAAGGAACAGAAUGUUAACUUCAGGUGUUGUACAUUCGGUUGACUAUAAUGAAGAUUUUGAUGAAGAGUCAAUUGACAGAGUUCAUCUCUUAGUACACAACAUAGUACCUCCUUUCUUAGAUGGCCGAAUUGUGUUUACUAAACAACCUGAACCUGUCAUUCCUGUUAGAGAUCCAACCUCAGAUAUGGCAUUAGUUGCUAGAAAAGGGUCACAUCUUGUCAGGGUCUUUAGAGAGCAGAAGGAAAGAAGGAAGGCUCAGAAAAAACACUGGGAGUUAGGAGGUACAAAAAUUGGUAAUAUAAUGGGUAUCAAGAAAACUGAAGAUGAAGAAGAUAAAAAGUACAACAAAGAAGAUGACAGUACUGAUUAUAAAGCAGAUCAUAAGUUUGCUGAACAUAUGAAAGACACAGGUUCGGCAAGUAGUGACUUUUCUAGAAAGAAAACUAUAGGUGAACAAAGAAGAUAUUUGCCGGCCUUUGCGGUAAGGCAAGAGCUACUCAAUAUAAUCAGAGAAAAUUCUGUAGUCAUUAUUGUUGGAGAAACGGGCAGUGGAAAAACAACUCAGUUGACUCAGUAUUUACACGAAGAAGGCUACAGUAAAUAUGGAAUGAUUGGUUGUACACAACCUCGUAGAGUAGCGGCAAUGUCCGUCGCAAAGAGAGUUAGUGAUGAAAUGGGUACUCAGUUAGGAGACGAUGUAGGUUAUGCUAUCCGUUUCGAAGAUUGUACUUCUGAAAAAACAGUUAUAAAGUACAUGACUGAUGGUAUUCUACUAAGAGAAAGUUUACGCGAGUCUGACUUGGAUCAUUACAGUGCCAUUAUUAUGGACGAAGCUCACGAGCGUUCAUUAAGCACAGAUGUAUUGUUUGGUCUUCUUAGGGAAAUUGUAGCUAGACGACAUGAUCUCAAAUUGAUUGUAACCUCAGCUACUAUGGAUAGUAGCAAGUUUUCUAUGUUCUUUGGGAACGUUCCUACAUUUAAUAUACCAGGAAGAACUUUUCCUGUAGAGACACUUUUCAGUAAAAAUUCGGUCGAAGAUUAUGUAGAUGCUGCUGUUAAACAAGCCUUGCAAAUACACUUACAACCACCAUCUGGUGAUAUACUUAUCUUCAUGCCCGGUCAAGAGGACAUCGAGGUAUCCUGUGAAGUAUUAACUGAACGAUUAACAGAAAUAGAGAAUGCUCCAGAGUUAUCUAUUUUACCUAUUUAUUCGCAAUUACCAUCUGAUCUCCAGGCGAAAAUUUUUCAAAAAUCGCCCGAUGGUAUUAGAAAGUGCGUUGUUGCCACAAAUAUAGCAGAAACUUCUCUAACAGUUGAUGGUAUUAUUUUUGUUAUCGACUCAGGUUAUUGCAAAUUGAAAGUUUACAAUCCGAGAAUUGGUAUGGACGCCCUUCAGAUUUAUCCCAUAAGUCAAGCAAACGCCAAUCAACGCUCUGGCAGAGCAGGACGUACCGGUCCUGGUCAAGCUUUCAGAUUGUACACUGAAAGGCAAUACAAAGACGAAUUGUUAAUAACAACAGUUCCAGAAAUUCAACGAACUAACUUGGCGAACACGGUUCUUUUGUUAAAAUCAUUAGGAGUACAAGAUUUGUUACAGUUUCAUUUUAUGGAUCCACCACCUCAAGAUAAUAUUUUGAAUUCUUUAUAUCAGUUGUGGAUCUUGGGCGCACUAGAUCAUACAGGAGUUUUAACAAAACUGGGUCGUCAGAUGGCGGAAUUUCCUUUAGAUCCUCCACAAUGUCAAAUGCUGAUAGUCUCGUCACAAAUGGGCUGUACCGCCGAAAUACUCAUCGUUGUUUCCAUGUUAUCGGUCCCGUCAAUUUUUUACCGACCAAAGGGCAGAGAAGAAGAGGCAGAUAGCGUUAGAGAAAAGUUUCAAGUACCAGAAAGCGAUCAUUUAACAUUUUUGAAUGUAUAUAAUCAAUGGAAACAAAAUAAUUAUUCGUCGCACUGGUGCAACGAACAUUUCAUUCAUGUGAAAGCUAUGAGAAAAGUAAGAGAAGUUAGACAGCAGUUGAAGGAUAUAGUUAUUCAACAAAAAUUGGAAAUUAAAUCGUGUGGAACUGAUUGGGACGUUGUCAGGAAGUGUAUAUGUUCUGCAUAUUUCCAUCAAGCUGCCAGAUUAAAAGGUAUUGGCGAAUAUGUUAACUGUCGAACUGGUAUGCCUUGCCACUUACAUCCUACAUCUGCUCUGUUUGGCCUCGGAAAUACCCCCGAUUACGUCGUGUACCACGAACUUGUAAUGACAGCCAGAGAGUACAUGCAAUGUGUGACUGCUGUAGAUGGACACUGGUUAGCCGAAUUGGGACCGAUGUUCUUUUCUCUUAAAGAAACGGGAAAAUCGGGUCGAGCCAAAAAGAAACAAGCUGCAGAACAUCUUCUCGAAAUGGAAAACCAAAUGCAAAUGGCUCAAGAAGAAAUGAAAGCAAGAAAAGAGGCUGCUGAGAAGAAAGUUGCAGCUAUGAAUAAAGGACAAGAGAUCGUUAGUGCUGGAACAACUCCAAGAAGGACUCCUUCAAGAUUUGGGUUGUAG